AUGAAUGGUAAUCAUCUGCCGGCUGGGCAGCCUGGAGGAGGCGUCGGCGGCGGAGGUGUAGUAAGAGGACAAGUUGACAUGGGACCGGGUACAGGACCUACCGGUGGUCGCCAACGACGACCGCCUCCUCCUCAGUAUCAACCUCAUCAUCAGAUGCAGCACCAAUACUACCACCACCAACAGCAUGUCAACCCAAUUUAUCAUAACGGCUAUAUCGCCCCUUAUGCUCAGAGCUAUUAUCAAGCUCCACACCACUAUCAGAACGGUGUUAUAGCCAACACACCAUACAUGCAGUACAACUCGUACUCACAACGAUCUCCUCCCGCGAUACAUCAACAAUACGCUCCCAUCGUGUCGUCUAAUAUGCAAUCCCAACAUCAACCCUACCCUCGACCGCCCCCACAACAACCGCAACAGCAGCAUCAGCAUCAGCAACCUUCUCCAGCACUCUCGACCCCUCCUCCUUAUGUAGCAGCAGCGCCGCCACCGCCGCCGCCGCCGCCCGUCUCUGUACCCGAAACACCUUCAUCUACGCACUCGUCGCAAGCUCUUCCAGCUCCCUUGACACCCCCUACGCCACAAACCCAGGAAGUCGCGUCUACUACCCCCGAUGUGGAACUACGGUCCCAAUUGCCAUUUAGGCCUCCUCUACCAUGGUUGUCGCGACCUGACAUACCCUUCCCGACGAAGUCCACGCGAUCCAAGAGAAGAAGGCGAAUACAAAUUCCUAAUGCUGAAUCGGUCGAGCUGCCCUCGAAUCAAGGGAAGGGCCUGGAGUCUGGGAUUGUAUCUCAUGAGGGGGUCUCAGGAGGUGAUACUUCAUUGCCCGCAACUCCUACACUCAAGUCCGCUGCUGCUACCGGCAUAAACAGUACCAGCACCGAUCUUUCUACACAAUCAGAAACCCCAUCUACGCAAGAUGUGCCGUCGGAAAUCGCACAUUCAACUUCACCCUCUACUCCUCAGUCGGUUUAUGCAGUUCAGUCUCCUACCGCUACAUCCAUCACUCCUACGAAAACCACAAAGCCCGCUUCUCGGACGGCUGUACCAGCUGUUCCCGUCGUCCCCGUAAUGCCGAAGGCAAGUUCCAAAGAAGCAACUUCGUCUAGUGCCGAAACCAAAACGUCAGAAGAGAAACAGUCUUUGCCGGAAGCGACAGCUGAAGCACCUGCGACGGAGAGCUCGCCUGAAGAUUCCCAGGUCGAAGUCAAGCCUGAAUCAACCCCCGCCCCGGUGAAAGCAGCUCCAAAGCUUUGGACUGGAUUAUUCGCCCGCUCGGCGCCCAAUCCUUCUUCAACUGGCGCCCCUGGUACAGGAUCUGCAGUCACUGGUGCUACAACGACUGGCGCUGUUCCUGACGGCACAGUUCAGAGUAACGGAAGCGUAAGCGUGGGCAGUUUUGCGAAGUCAAACGCAAGCUCUUUGGCCGAGGCUCUGCGGGCUUACAGCGUUAGCGGCGACAGGAAAAUCGCUUUUCUAGAGCCCAGGGGUUUGAUCAACACCGGGAACAUGUGCUAUAUGAAUUCCGUUUUGCAAGUUUUAAUUUUCUGUAUUCCAUUUUAUGACUUUCUGGACCAGGUUGGUAAGAAGGCGGCGCAUAGUUUCAAAAGCGAGACACCCUUAAUUGAUGCCAUGAUUAUGUUCAUGCGGGAGUACAAGGUUAUUGAUUCUGCGGUAUCGGUUGAGCAGCUUCGCCGGAGGUUGAAGAACGAGGAGCUCGAACAAUACGGCGAGCCUUUUACACCUGAGUUUGUCUACGAUGCUAUAAGGAAGCUUCCUAGAUUUUCCAGCAUGAGGCGUGGACAUCAGCAAGAUGCCGAAGAGUUUCUCGGUUUUCUACUAGAGGCGCUGCACGAUGAAUGCGCCCAAGUAAUGCGCCACCUUCCUAACUCGGCCGGAAAUUCUACGGCUGGCUCUCCUUCGGCAACAUCACCAACGAGCACUCCGGAUACCAAUGAUUGGUUGGAAGUGGGGCGACGUCAGCGCGCCGCUAUUACUCGAUCUUCCGGACACCCCAUUGCAUUAUCUCCUAUCAGCAAGGUUUUUGGCGGACAGCUAAGAUCGGAACUAAGGGUGUCGGGUCUACAAGACUCCGUGACGCUCGAGCCUUUCCAGCCACUUCAAUUAGACAUUGGUUCUCCUCAGGUCCAUAAUAUUGUUGAUGCGCUGAAGGGUCUUACUACACCAGAAACUUUGCAUGGCGAUUUUGGAUCUUCAAGGGGAAAAGAUGCGGUGGCCGUCAAACAGGUUUUCAUCGAAUCCCUGCCACCUGUUCUUAUUCUUCACCUGAAGCGUUUCCAAUUCGAUACUGAGGGUACUGGAACUGUCAAGAUCUGGAAGAAGAUUGGAUACCCACUUGAGCUCGAACUUCCGAAAGAGAUCUUUUCUCGACAGAAGAGGAACAGCUUUCUCGCAGAAGGCCAGGGCUUCCCCAAGUACAGGCUCAUCGCUGUGGUCUACCAUCAUGGUAAGAACGCAAGUGGUGGGCACUACACUGUGGAUCUCAGGCGUCAGGAUAGCCGUGAAUGGAUUCGCCUAGAUGAUACAGUGAUCCGACGCGUCAGAAGCGAAGAUGUAGCUGAGGGAGGCGCCGAAGACGAUCGCGUCAAAACAUCGACUCGACCGGACAAGAAGGAUACUGCCGUCGGUGGUUCUGGGAACAGGUUCGAAGGAAUCGGUGACAAUGAGGCCGGUGACGACGAGGGAUGGAAUAAGGUCAGCGCUCCGACUAACGGAGCCAAGAAAUGGAGUUCUGUCGUGAACGGAGCCCCGAACACUACUACGCAAACAAAAGGAAAGCAAGCAAAAGAAAACAUCAAGGACAACAAGGUUGCUUACCUUUUAUUCUACCAGAGAGUCUAG